CGGCAUAAAAUCGGGAUGUAAAAAUUGGAAUCCAUCCCCAAUAAUCCAAUAUUGUUCCACGCCCCAGAAUGCAAAUUUUUUUAAUUUUUACAUUCUGAUUGGAGUGAAAUAAAAUUCCGAUAAACCCUUCAACGGACCGAAAACCGAUUUCUGCAGAAGAAUCUCAGUGAUAUCGAUUGUUCAAUAUAAACCAAAACAAUAUGUCUAGUCGAAUUCCUUUGUACAGAACUUUCCGUUUGCGGCAGCGGUUCAGGACCACCGGCUCGUCGGUUCUAAGCUAUUUGGCAGCUCCUCUGUUGAGACGGAAAGCUCAGAAUUCAUGGGCUGCUGUUCAGGACACCUACUAUUCUACCAAGGACAUAUUUGAGAGCCAUAAGGUGGUGUUUACCAUAUCGACUUCAAUAGCAUCCGUUGCAACAGCAUGGGCUGUUUACUUUUCUUCCUGACUCCCGGUUGAGCUGUUGAGACCCUGAAGAUGUUUAGAGCUCAUGCAGGUUAUUUACUGCGCCACUAUCAUGAAUCAAGAGUUGACCAACGGCUUGAUUGUAUAGAAAAGUCUAUGAAAAGGAAGUAUGAUAUCGAAGACCCUGAGUUUAAGAAGCUUGUUUCAGGUGGCAUCAGCAUUCCUGCUUGUGUUGCAACUGCUGGAACUACGUUGAUUGUUGGAUAUGGCUUGGGGUGGCGAGGUGGGAAGUGGUAUGCAAACAAGCAGUUCAAAAGGGAACAGAUGAAACUAUUGGGACUAGUAAAACGAAGAAGGUGGCCUCUUAGGUUACCCCUUUCCAGGUUAAGGUCGUUGCAAGGGAGUGGUGGUGGUGCUAAAGCUCCAGAAACAUCAAUAGCAUCUGGUGUUGCUGCACAAAGUCGAGGACCUAACCUGUAAUUAUUCAUUACUAAACAGUCUAAUUUACAACUUCAUUUUCGCUUGUUGAGCGUAUUAAAGAUCAGCUAGCACCAAAGGUCCUUAUCAGAACACCUACUCUUACUUUCUAACUAACAACACACACAUAAAGCCUAAUCUUACUUGCUACAUACUCCGGGUUUUCAAUUGGAUCUGUAAUGUCAUAUACUUGUUGCAUUUGGCUCCAAAGAGGGAUGUGAAUUGAUUCCUUUGGUCUA